GGAAGCAGACUCUCGGGCUGCGGCUGCCGCGGGAGAGGCUUCCACAGCUGUGGAGCGAGCGGCCAGCGCGAGCAAGGCGGCGGCGGCGGCGGCGGCCGUGGGGACAGCAGCGGCAGCGGAGGCGGCGACUCCGGGUACCACUCCCGUAAGGACAGGGACUCUCGAGGACCACAGACCGGAUUUGGGGAGCUCCUUCCUGUGGCCUCAUUGCUGCGCCCACUGGUUUGUCCCUUCAGCCUGGAUUGGUGACACACAACCACUGGAGAUAUUUCCAGGUUUGCUGGCAUGGGAAACCUGCUCAAAGUCCUGACCCGGGAAAUUGAGAAUUAUCCACACUUUUUCCUGGAUUUUGAAAAUGCCCAACCUACAGAAGGAGAACGAGAGAUAUGGAACCAGAUCAGUGCUGUCCUCCAGGACUCCGAGAGCAUCCUCACGGACCUGCAGGCUUACAAAGGAGCGGGACCAGAGAUCCGAGAUGCAAUUCAAAAUCCCAAUGAUAUUCAACUUCAAGAAAAGGCUUGGAAUGCAGUCUGCCCCCUGGUCGUGAGGCUGAAACGGUUUUAUGAAUUCUCCAUCCGCCUUGAAAAAGCCCUGCAGAGUUUACUGGAAUCUCUGACGUGCCCUCCUUACACACCAACCCAGCACCUGGAGCGGGAGCAGGCCCUGGCAAAAGAAUUUGCAGAAAUCUUACAUUUUACCCUUCGAUUUGAUGAGCUGAAGAUGAGGAACCCAGCGAUUCAGAAUGACUUUAGCUACUACAGGAGAACAAUAAGUCGCAACCGCAUCAACAACAUGCACCUAGACAUUGAGAAUGAAGUGAAUAAUGAGAUGGCCAACCGAAUGUCCCUCUUCUAUGCCGAAGCCACACCAAUGCUGAAGACUCUCAGCAAUGCCACAAUGCACUUUGUCUCAGAAAAUAAAACCCUGCCAAUAGAGAAUACCACAGACUGCCUCAGUACUAUGACAAGUGUCUGCAAGGUUAUGCUGGAGACACCGGAGUACAGGAGCAGGUUUACAAGCGAGGAGACACUCAUGUUCUGCAUGAGGGUGAUGGUGGGGGUCAUCAUCCUCUAUGACCACGUGCACCCCGUGGGAGCUUUCUGCAAGACAUCCAAAAUUGAUAUGAAAGGCUGCAUCAAAGUGCUGAAGGAGCAGGCCCCAGACAGUGUGGAAGGGCUGCUGAAUGCUCUCAGGUUCACUACAAAGCACUUGAAUGACGAAUCGACUUCCAAACAGAUUCGGGCGAUGCUUCAGUAGAGCCCUGCUUACAGAGGAGGAUCUGUGUGCUGACCUCAGAAGAUGUAUAUGUUUACAUAAUUUAAUACAGAUUGAUGUUAAUACUUGUGUAUUUACAUAACCACUUCCUUCUUGUCUCUGAAAUAUAUGGACCUUAAUUUGUAUCCUGACUGACUCAACCCAGCAGAGCAUAAAUUGACUUGAGAGCCUUACCUUUGAUGUUCGUAAUGAAAAUCCUGUCUCCAAGGGCCGAAUUUGGAAACUUCAGUCUUGGCUGCUGGAGUCUUGCAGUGACACCUGUAACAAGCAGAAAUUCUUAAUAGUUUGUGGUAUUGUUCUAAUUCUAGAUGUGCUAUCUCUCUGGGAGUAUAGUUUAUAGAAACACAAAGUACUUGAUUUCCUGUGUCGGCUCAGAUACAAGAAGCACACACAACUGUUGUCCUGACAGAGAGAGAGCAAGAGAGAAGAAUGCAAGAUAAGAAAAAUGCAUGUGGAGGGUGGGACACAACUGUUGUGAGUUCAGCACGCCCCCCUCUUCCUUCAGCCUGAAAACCUCAUGUGCAGCUUUUCUGUAUGCACGUGUGUUAUUAAUCCAAACAUUCUUCUUCUGUCUCAAUCCACGUUCCUUCCAUUCCCUUUUAGUUGUUGUCAGAGGAAAAUUGCCUGUGUUUUAAUCCACUAAUGAGUAGGCAAUGGGUCGAGAGAGGGGUUCUUACAGGAGGACUGAGGGAAGUGGCUAUCUGAAGAGUAUUUGAGAGAGGGAACUGGCGUAAGGAUAAUCAUAUCUCUGUCAACCAUCUGCCUGUGGGGACAGAGAGAUGGAACUCUGGUUGUAAAUAAGGCCACUCAUUCCCCAGGAGCCUGCUGAGUUCUACGUACACCACCCCUCGUGAUAAGGCGACACCCCUCCCCUUCUCUGUGAAAAUGGACUGUUCAUGUCAGAACUGAGAACUAAGGCACUUUGUUAUUUCCCAGAGAAGGAGGGAUUUAGAGAGAAGAUAUCUAUGUUUCCUGAUUGCCUGGUGUCAGCCUCCGCCACUCUGUGUACUUCGACAGAUUCACUCUUAGUGCGCUCACCUUCCUCGUGUAUAAAAUAGACAGUCUUGGGGGCCGGAGAGAUGGCUCAGUGGUUAAGAGUACUUGUUGCUGUUGCAGAGGAUCUAGAUUUGAUUCCCAGCACCCGCAUGGUGGCUCACAGCUAUCCAUUAUUCCAGUUCCAGGGCAUUCAGUGCCCUCUUCCGAUCUCCAUGGGUACCAUGCAUACACAUAGUGUGUUCCUAUACAUCAGAAGAAAAAAAAACAUUUAUACAUAUAAAAUAAAUGAACUUUUAAAAAAUCUAAAAGAAUUUCUAAGAGUCCUGGGAGGCUAGUGGGAGCCAUGCUACCAAUCUUCCUUCAUGCAUAAAUUCCAAGGAGUACCCUUAUAACUAUCAAUCUCACCAGUGCUGCAGUCAUUCUGCCUAUAGGUCACAGCUCAGUUAAGGUUGAAUCUUGGAAACAUACUGUGACAUCUAAUGGAAAGAUGUGGGAACACAAGAUGACUCUUACUCUGGACUCGAUCCCCAGAUGUUUCCUACCUGACUCUUCCCUCUUUGCCAUGUGUCCUAUGGAGAUGUACUGUGGAGUGUAUGGAGCCUUCUAGAGAAAUCUUGAGGCUAACCUGUGAUGUUGCUUGCAUGUCUCUCCUGAAAGGAGAGAGUUUUCCAGACAGCUGAUGAAUAAUCACCCUGGAAUUCAGGUCUAAGAUGAUCGGGGUAUAGUAUGAUUUGGUUCGCAACAUUCCAAGAGAAGAGCUAUGAAAUACCUACACUUCCAGACUAGGGAAGUGGUCCUCCAGCAUUCCAUCAAGUCCUCCAUGAAAGGGAAUACUUGGUUUGUCCCAACACAGAAAUGCAAACACAUGGGGAGAACUGCUUCCCUGGUCUGUAUAUCAGUAUAGUCAAUGGAGAGGGAAGAACCUUGUCCCUUGGUGCUUUACCGGAAGAGUAAAUACAGCCACGUGACUGAUGUGGAUGUUCUCAGCAGAGCAGAAUUACGCUAGAUGGCUUCCAUGAGCUUCUCAAACCUAGGAAUUCCAAGAUCCAGAGGAGGCCAGGAAAUCUGAUCAUGUGGGGUGAGACAUCCCUCCAACACUCAACUUUAGGGUGUUCCAUUUGGCAGUCAUGAGUAUUGCUUAGUUGGGCAACCGUCAAGCCUACAAGGGCAGUGAGACACACUGUGAGUGAGCUUGUGUCCAUUUGCCCUUUCCUCAAAAGACUGAGGAAGACUGAGGAGACUGAGGUGUCAGAGAAGAAAGGACUGCCCAAUUUCUCUAUGGCUCUUAGACACAGACCUGAACCAUGAACCUAAGCCACAUUAUUUAUAACAUAGCUGCCUCUCAGCUGGCUACAUAAGAAAACAUUAGAGAUAAUCUGUCAAAUCACACACACACACACACACACACACACAUUCACAGUUGAGGAUAUUUAUAACUUUUAGUUAGACUUUCCAUCCAACGGGACCAAAUGUGUGUAUGGGUGCUGUCAGUCUGCUUCAGUCUAGCCAGUCCAUUGUCUCCAAGUUGAGACUCAGCGGGACUUGAACUUUGAGAAGCCCAGGGUCUGAGUAGUUUCCUCAGGUCACCAAUAGGACAGGCUGAGUGUGUGUCUGUGAUCACUAACAGGGAGUGGAUCUUGAGUUCACUCCAGAACUGUUGUGGGAGACCAAUUCUCUUAACAGACUGUCCAGUAGUCAUCGGGAAUCUUUGAACGAUUUGGUUUUUCUUUCUUUCUUUUUUUUUUUGUUUGUUUUUUUGUUUUGUUUUGUUUUGUUUUGUUUUUUGUGCUGCAUGCAUAUGUAUCCAGCACUCAUGGGUGGUUUGGGGGAAAGUACUAGGGACAAUACCAAUGUUAAUAAUACUACAUAAUUGAUGUCUCAUAGUUUUAAAAUAAAGCCUUUUAUAUUUAAUUUGAGGCAAGAAAGAAGGUCAAAAUGGUGUUUCCCAGACGUGUUGCUACUUUUGGCAUGAUAGCACCUCUCAUGUUUACCUAGACAUUCAUAGCAAAAGCUGGGUGGAAAUGGGUAUUUUUAUUGGUAAUAAAUAGAGCCAGAAUAUUAGAGCCACAAUAUAGCCAGAAUAUUAGCUGAAGACCAUGAAGAAGGUCUUAAGUGUAUCCUAAUAUUUAGUUAAUGUAUUCCUCACCAACAUAAAUAUACAUUCUUGGUUAUCACAGUUAUGUCAAACAUGAAUGGCAAGCCUAAGUUUUUCGAGACAUCAUCACAAUUAAGUCAAAAUUAUUCCAUGCUUCUUCAAGAGCAAGAUGAAACCUACCCAAUCUAGGGAUCCAGUUGUACAGUCAAGUCCAGACUUCUCAUUCAAUCUUACAUAGUAGGCAUCUCGCAAAUGUUCUAGAUAUUAAUAACUAACAUUGAGAUUUUAUCUCCACCAGCCCCCGCCUUCAGAACUCCAUUGCCAUAGUGCCCUGUAAAGAUGACUGCACAUUAGAAGGGGCUUUGAAGUUGUCAUAUGUUGUUUGCCGAAGUCAUUGUAAUUUUUUUUGCCUGCAUUGCCUCUUUUUGUACAGAACUUUCGAGUGUGAAAUGAAAAUUAAAGUUUGGUACAUACAUAAUUUAAAAUCAUGCUUUUAUAUGGCGCACAGGGUAAAAUGGGUGGUACAACAUAGAAGCCUGCUUAGCCUGCUGUGAGGAAAUCGCACCAUGCCAGCUUCCCGCCCCCGUCCUACGGUAGUUUCUUCAAGCAUGACAUGCAGUGUCCCAAAGGCCUGCUUUAGGGAUCACUGGUCUAAUUCUCAUUUCAACAAGGACCAUCAUUAUAUCAAAGGAGAAGAGGGGAAGAAGCAAGACUGGCAUUUUGAGAUGCAGGAGUGCUGCUGGCCCAAGGAUGCUAGGAAAGUAAUAAAUGUUCUUUCAAAUGCAGUAGCAUUUCCUGAAUUUGGCAAAAUUGGUGGGGGAAAAAACCCUCCUCUGUGUAAAUUCGUUUUUAUCAGACCACAGAAGCAAUAAAAUGGUUCUUUUAACGCAUCAGUGAGAACACUUGCCUAGAGCGUUACUUCUCAUCUGCACUCCUGCAGCCAGAGACCUUAUUGUAGGGGUGCACAGUUCAUCCGAGUCUCUGAGAGGAACCUCACUGAAGCCUGUGAAAAGACAGGCAUGAUGCUUAGGUUGACUUGGAGCGUGAAAGGAAUGACAAUGAGAACUUUUCUGUAAACUGAUGAAUGGCUAAAUUAUAAAUGAGCAAAGGCUGGAAAGAGCUAAACAGGAAACGGGGUUGAUGAAGGUGUAUGCACGGAUGCGUCUGUUUGUCUUGUCUGUACUUCAGUAAGUUCUGAGAGCCAAGGGGGUGGGGAAAGUAUAUGGGUGCCUGUUAAGAGCAACACACCUAAAUAAUGUUGGUGAGGUUGCUUGAACUGUAUUCAUUACAUACGCUGAUCCCAUGCCCGAGGCCAGGUGAAAACCGGUAAAGAGUCCUGCUCUUCUGUCCCAUGUGGUGACUCGUACCCAGUAAAUAGAAGGCACUGUGAAGCAUCUCCAGGGUAGAGCUCUAUUCCUUGGUCACAUCCAAUACAGAGAGACUGUUUUCCCUGCUAUGACUCUUCAGUUGUCUCCUUGUCAUUGCCAAAGAUCUGGAGAUGCAGCAGUUCCUGGACAUGGGUUCUGUAAAAUGCCAUCAAAGGCUAUCCAUUGAAAUUAUGCUGUGUAGGAUUCUAGGUUAAAAAAAAUCUCAGAAUUUCUUAAGUGAACAGUUCUUAGAAACCCCUUAAAGUGUUUUCUCUGGGCAAAUUCCCAGUUUCCUCAUCAAACCUCAUGUUUUCUGUAAGUUUCUUCCUCUCCUCCUACCUGUUCUGCUCACUUUUCAAUUCUCCUUGUUUGCCCCGCAGCUAGUUUUGUUUCAACGUGUGGCACAUUGUUCACCCUGCA